UAUAGAAUAAAAUAAAACAUAAUCGAACUAAUAGAUAACUUAAUAAAUUAAUUCUUUAAUAAUUAAAUCAAUCGCAAAGAUGAAAAAUAUUCAAUUUAAUACCCCAGAUAUUUUUCUUUUUGAGAAAAAAUUUCGCGAAAUAAUUUAUGAAGUUCAACGAAAUAUAAAAGAAUUAGAUAGUUUAGAAAAAGAACGUCUUUUGAUAAGUGAAGAGCUUUGUUCAAAAAAUUCUCUUUUACAAAAUGAACGAAAAAUAUCGAAUGAAUUAAGAAUUCGUUUAAAGUCAGCGUUAGAAGCAAUUAAUCGUUUAGAAGAAGAAAAAAUGCGUGAUAAAAUUAAUUAUUCAAAUUUAUCAAUAAAUUACGAAAAUGUGCUUAAAGAAUGCGAAAUUUUAACAAAAGAAACCUUAUUUUCUCAAACAAAAACUGCAAAAUUUCAACUUAAAAUUGAAAGUUUGGAGUAUAUAUUAAAACGAGAAAUUCAACAAAAAGAAAAAUUAGAACAAACAUUAAUAGAAUUAAAAAAUAAUAGUGAAAAGAUCAUUACUAAUAUUAAUAUGUAAGAAAAUAUAAAUUUUUA